AUGUGUGUGAACAGGAGCUGCCUGGCGAGGGACGACGUGGACGCGUCUUUAGGCACGGCCGUCUCCUUGGUCGAGCCGGAGGAGUUGCCCUACCUCCUCGACCUCUCCCUCUACCUCGGCCGCCCCGUCGCCGCCGUCCCCUCCGAGGCGGACAGCGGCGGCGCUCGAGCGGCGCCUCCGGACCCCGCCGCAGGCUGCCUCGUGCUCGGCCGCUUCCCCGUCUCGCUCCUCUCGCACGAGGUGGAGCAAGCCGUGUACGCCGAGAGGCCAGAGGCAGCGGAGCUCGCCCGCGUCGCAAGCCGGGCAAGCAUCAUGUACCGAAAGACGCGCGGCGCCGCCUCGAAAGAGUCUGCCCGCCGCGCGCGCAGCCUGCCUGCGGAGAUUGGCGUCCACCCGCUCCUCGCCGCCGCCGACGACCCGGCGGCAGAGGCGUCUCGGAAGAAGGCGAAGAAGAAGUCGGGAGACGACUUUCGCGACGCGGGCUUCUUCAUGCCGAUGAGCAAGGAGGCGGCGCCGACCGACGACGCGGAGGAGUUUCUGCGCGUCGGUGUCGGGGACCGCGUCGACAAGCUCGGCGAGGCGGUCCUCGACUUGCUCGAGGACGAGCGCGACGGGAUCCAGCGCAAGCGGUCGGUGAUGCGGUGGGACGCGCGCAAGAAGAAGUACGUCCGCGAGACGCUCGGCCAGGUUGGCGCUGUGGCGGACCUGCUCCCCAGCCGCGGGGGGAAGAGGCAGCGAGACGAGUCGGGCAACGUGAUCUCCGCCAAGAAGGGCAAGGACGGCAAGCCGAUCACCGACGGCGAGCUGUACAACAAAGGACGCGCGGGCGGGCGGCGUCGGCGCGUACGCGCAGCAGAAGCAGCAGUCUCGCCGGUCCAGCUGCCAGCGGCACCUCCCAAGGUGGCGCUGGAGCCUUCUCAGAACCUUCUCGGAACCUUCCGGUAG